AUUCGAGCGGUUCUUGAAUCAUUUGUAAUGUUCGUGUGUGACUGAUGGACAGAAAAGUUAGAGCAGACAUGUACGAAUAAAACGUUCUAAUAAAAAUAUGAUUUUGUACGACUUGAUCGUAUAACAUGAUUUGAUCAAAACUGCAUGUUAUUAAAAUGGGCAAAAAAAAAAAAAAAAAAAAAUCAGCCAGAUAUGCAUUUUUUGUAUUAUUUACUGUUAAUGCUAAUUAUAUUUAGAUUGUAAAUGACUUAAAAACCAGUAUAGACAGUUGUAUAUGCCUACAUAUUUAUUGGUAAGAUUUACAAUAGGUUAUAUAAAAUAUGCCACACCAGGACCAUGCAAUGCGAUGACUCAACUACGUCAUAACGUAAACGAAUCGCUGAAUCGUAUCACGCUGUAUCACGCACUCACGUAAAAUGUCAUAAGGAGCAUGGGAAAUGUAGUCCAUUUGUACAAAUGUAUUCGAGACACAAUAAAAUGGUUACGAGUGUAGGCUGAUUAAAUUAUUACUGAAUAGAUUUUUACAUUCGCAUAUUUUUACUCUUUUUUAAACCUGGUUUAGACUACGUAGACUACGAAAACUGAUCACUGUUGUUUCGUCGUUGCCUAGAAACACAGACGCCAAGAAAAGUCUUCCAAACAAGCUGUCAGUUGUUAGUGCUGCAGCGCGAGACUGUAGUUUAUAUCAACAGACAAAACAAUAAAAUGGACUCAUAAUCACCGUGAAAUGGAAAAGAUAUGUAUUGACAAACAUGCAACCAAUGCAGUGGAGGCCUAUUUAGAAUACAGAAGGAUUGUUGGGGAAGAUGAUAGAGGGAGGAUGUUUUCAGAGGAUGAAUACAAGAAAUACAAAGAGACGGUGGUGCCAAGAAGAAUACGGAACCGCCUUUAUGUCAGUUUUGGCAUCCCGGGACAGAUAGACUGCAUACUCGUUGGACCAGAGACACCUUGCUUCUGUACACACAGGUAUAAACAACACUGCACAGACUUUGAGGAGUUGCCAAAGGAAAGGCCUAUACUCCUGCCCUGUAGGGUCAAAGGUUGUCACUGUGUGUCCUAUGAAUACGUUCAUAUCAACGGCUCUAAACCAGUACGCUGCCAAUGCAAACACACAACCAGUGAGCACACUGAAGUUACAGGGCACCUGUGCAAGAAAUGCACUCACUGUACUGGUUAUCGAAGUCCAUUCACUUGCGGAUGUGGUCAGCCUGGAUAUACCCAUGUGACGGUGGUUGAAACCAGGGAAGAGCGCAUGACACGGGGUCAUCCAGUGGGCAGAGCUGUUCCUUUUGCGGCUAUGGGAGGCCUGACUGGGUUCAGCUCACUGGCAGAAGGCUACCAGAGACUGGACCCCAGUGGCAUUGGCAAUACAUGUGAACAGCACACACAAUAGGAUACAUGUCACAUGAUCAAUGAUUCGAUGCCAUUACAAACAUUAGGUUAGCACACACCUUUAGAGUCAACAUAACCCUUAUUUUAUUCUAAGUAUGUGGCUAUAAUAUAUAUAUAUAUAUA